AUGACUAAUGCCAAGAGGCUCAUUGGACGUAGAUUCAGCGACAGCUCAGUUCAAUGCGACAUGAAGCUAUGGCCCUUCAAGAUCAUUGCAGGACCAGCUGAGAAGCCAAUGAUAGUAGUAAACUACAAAGGUCAAGACAAAGAGUUUGCUGCUGAAGAAAUCUCAUCCAUGAUUCUCAUCAAGAUGCGUGAGAUUGCUGAAACUUACCUCGGCUCCACUAUUAAAAACGCUGUCGUCACUGUUCCAGCUUACUUCAACGACUCUCAACGUCAGGCGACAAAGGACGCUGGUGUCAUCGCCGGUUUGAACGUUAUGCGUAUCAUCAACGAGCCGACCGCUGCUGCUAUUGCUUAUGGUUUGGACAAGAAGGCGACUAGUGUUGGAGUUAAGAAUGUUUUGAUCUUUGACCUUGGUGGUGGUACUUUUGAUGUGUCUCUUUUGACUAUUGACGAAGGGAUAUUUGAGGUUAAGGCCACUGCUGGUGACACUCAUCUAGGUGGUGAGGAUUUUGAUAAUAGAAUGGUGAAUCAUUUUGUUCAAGAGUUUAAGAGGAAGAACAAGAAGGAUAUUAGUGGAAACCCUAGAGCGUUAAGGAGGUUGAGAACGGCUUGUGAGAGAGCCAAGAGGACACUCUCAUCUACAGCUCAGACCAAUAUUGAGAUUAACUCUUUACACGAGGGUAUUGAUUUCUACUCCCCAAUCACACGUGCGAGAUUCGAGGAGCUUAACAUGGAUCUUUUCAGAAACUGCAUGGAGCUUGUUGAGAAGUGUCUUGGUGAUGCUAAGAUGGAUAAAAACUCUGUGGACGACGUCGUUUUAGUCGGUGGUUCGACACGUAUCCCUAAUGUUCAGCAGUUGCUUCUAGACUUCUUUAAAGGGAAAGAGUUGUGUAAAUCUAUUAACCCUGAUGAAGCCGUUGCGUACGGCGCAGCGGUUCAGGGGGCGAUUUUAAGCGGUGAAGGUAACGAGAAGGGGAGGCUCUCGAGGGAUGAGAUUGAGAGAAUGGUUCAAGAAGCGGAGAAGUAUAAGACUGAGGAUGAAUAUCACAAGAAGAAGGUUGAAGCUAAAACUGCUCUUGAGAACUACGUGUACAAGAUGAGGAACACGAUCCGUGGCGUGAAGAUUGGGGAGAAGCUUGCGGCUGAUGAUAAGAAGAAGAUUGAAGACUCGGUUAAAGCAGCUAUUGAGUGGCUUGGAGUGAAUCACUUGGCUGAGUGUGAUGAGUUUGAGGAUAAGAUGAAGGAGGUAGAGAGUAUUUGUAAACCGAUUAUUGCGAAGAUGUACCAAAGUCGUGCAUGA